AUGGCGCGUACAAUUCGCAGCCAUGCGCUCGAAAAGCUUGCCCGCCUGUCGGCGCAGUCAACCUCGCCAGAGACGACCAACUCCGACUACGGCAGGAUGUUUAAGCGAUUCUCCAACGCAUCCGACUCCAUGAAGCUGCAGGAACUCGAGGCAAUCCUGGCUCUUUGCAAGUCUGCGCCCUACAUUGAGUCAUUUGACGUUGCCGAGAAGCUGCUUUCCCGCCUCUCACCCUAUCUCACCACGUCCUAUACUCAGACUUUCGCGCCGUCGCCUAGCCUCCGCAUCAUCGAGCCCGCUCCCUAUGAAGUCCUCACCUACAACCUUACGUCUGCCGUUCUCUCACUUGGCCUCCGACAUGAACAGCUACAAACACAGGCCGCUGUCGCGCUUCAAGGUUAUCUCACGGGCUGGGCCACAGCAGCCGUCCAGCUGUCUGAACAGCAAUUUGUCGACGAUGGAAAGGACGACUUUGGGGCAGAUGGCGAGCUGGCGCGGGUCAUGACACAUAGUCUCUCGCUCUUGGGCUUCUUGAAUGCUUCGGCAGAGCAUGUUCGUUUCUGGAAUGCCUACGAUAGCCUGCAGCUCGUCCAGAAUGUACGCACAAACUUGACGGAGAAGUUUCUGAUUGCCUUUGAGACUGUCCUAUCUAUUGUCCGUAACGCGCACUCGCACCAGCACGAGCUGCGAGAAUGGAAGCGCUACACUAAGCGUUAUGCCGCUACUGGACGACCACUUGGAGCCAUGGUUCUCCACGACUCAUUCUUAAGGCUCGUCCUUGCUUCAGCUUCGCAGCUCGUUGGCACCGGACAACGUCUGAUUUCGCAUGACUCUGUUCUCGACCACCUCCAGACUUGGCUAGACAACAAAGACCGUCUGCACCUCAAGGCCACAGCCGAGAAUUCUCUAGCCGAGGGACUGGCUAAGAUUGCAGCGGAGGAGAUGGAACGCCUAGAAAACGAUCUUGAAUACCUCCAGCGGGUCGGAUCUGCUUGGCAACAGCAGCAGGCAUCGUCGGUCAAGGCAAAAGUGCUUGUCGCAUAUCUCUGCUGUACCGUGUAUGACAACGACACAGACAUUACUGAUGCCGAAAUAUUGACCUCUUGGCUGGACAACGUGCUCAAUGACCCUGGACAGAGUUCGGACCAUAAGCUUGCGUCUACAGUCUUGAGAAUCAUGGCUAUUCUGGCCAAGGUCUCACCGCAACUCGCAUCAACCUUGGGGCAAUCGCUGCCUCGAGUCAUUGUUCAAGCCAACUUUGACCACCGAACGACUUCGGUGGCUGCAGAAUCACUCGCUGCAGUCCUGAGUCUUCUCCCUCAAGAUGCUAUUAUCACGACGCUCUAUAGCCUUGGUAAUGUUAUCAGUGUAGUUCCUGCCUCUGAGCGAAACCCGUCUGCGUCUCCGACGUUGAAUGGUACAAAGACUGCGCGUGGAGGUACUGUCUACAACCAUCAACAUGGCAGUGCGAUCUCUCUGGCCCCAAGCGACGUUGACGAGCCGCACCAUGUACACACGACAGUUGUCGAGACGAUUGUAUCAGUUGCCAGAAACUGCAAGGACUCAAAGAUUACUGCACUUGCACUAUCAAUGCUCGUGCAAAAAAUCGGCCGUUCUGGCAAGGUAGUAGAUGCAAAGAUCAUCACUGACACAGCCUUCCUGGGCAUUCACAGUCCGCCUGGAGAAUUCAAAUCCCUUCUUAAGCUUUAUACUAAGCUUUCUCACGAUGCUCUGGUAUCCGAUGAUGUUGCAAAGCUUGAAGCCGUGAGCACCCUCUCCCCCAAUACAGGUACUUCGCAGCAACUAACAUAUUUGCAGGUCAUGGCUGCGCGCCUCAACCUCUCAAAGGAGAUUACUGCUGGCGAAGACGCUUUCGAAGUUUACUUUGUGCACUUGUUAGAUACCAUUGUCAGCAAGGGUGAUGCCCAAGAAACGUCUCACCGUCAUCUUCGAGAUACGGAACUUGCGGCACAGGAAAUCGCACAGCUUCUCAAACCACUUGCAGUCCUUCUUGAACGAAACGCUGAACGGCCCGAGUACGCCAAGCUUGACGACUCUAUCAUCGGCCUCCAGCGCGAUGCCUGGUUCAACAUUGUCGUUCAUGGAUUCGACUUGCUCUCCGACUUGGGCAAGCAGUAUCGUGAAGAGCUGCGCACACUUGCGCGGUUUAGCAAGCCUCUGAUUACCGAAGAGCGCCCUUUUCUCUCUGAGAGCGAUAUUGAAUUGAACACGGUACUGCGUCGCGGUAAAUCACCUGAACACACGGUCGAGCAGAAGAAACGCCUUGGCAAAUUACUUCCAUCCUGUGAAGCUGAUACCAAAUCACUCAACUAUCAGGAAGCUGUUUUCUUAAGCACAGCUUACCUUGUGGAAGAUUUGCGAGCAAGUACGGGAGAUUGUACCAAGGCGCUUGUGUACUUCCUCGAUCCCAAAUUGCGAACAGGCGCAGUCGGCAACUGCAUGUCUGCUAUCAGCACGACGGCCGUUCGAACUUACUUGACAAAGACACUGUCCGGUCAAUCCCACACCUUCUCGACGCCGUACUUGGCGAAGCAGCUAGCCACCAUGUUUGCUGCCUGCUGCCAUCGCAUCGCUCGCGUUCAGCAAGCGGCAGCCACUUGUGCCGAUAUUGUCAUUCGCGAAGUCCCAUCGACCUUGUGCCAGAAGAGUGCGUUGUUUGCUCUUUUGGAGCUUCUUUCAAUCAUGUGGUAUAGCUGCCUCGAAGGAGAGACGGACGAAUACACUUGGAAGUCGACAUUUACCUCCAAACGAUCCAACAUCGCCGUCGAAUUGUCAGAUGACUAUGCUUUUCGACGAGCGACCCUUGAUGCAUUGCACAAGCGCGCAACCAUCUGGGUCAAGGGAGCGCUCGACAUUGCCCCCCUCGACGUCAAAGGACUUCUUCAGUCAUAUCUCUCAGAGUACGACGACGAGUUGACUUUUGGACAUAUCUCGUUGGGGCGAUCUUUUGCCCUCGAGAUGGGCUCUGUUAUUCCGUCAACGGACCAGCGUCUCGGUGCUGUGGAACGCCAGGGCAUCAAUAUCAACACCGCAUCAGACUUCAUUACCCAGUACACCACGAGACAAGAGUACAAAUUCCUCGAUGGUGUCGCUGAUCAAGAGGAAGAAUGGCUUAAGGGCGCCCCCGAUUCCGAGUCCAGGUCAACGUAUCUAUCCCGCAGCCUACAUGAGGCGACUAGCCUUUUGGUAGAUCUGGAAACCCGUACCCUGGGACAUAAGCAUGUCGCCAUUGCAGAGCUUCGCGACAUACUUCGGAGAGCUGCCGCUCUACUUUGCCGGGUCAAGACAGAUCAGUCGCCCAUUGUUCAGCAUCUGGUGGGUAUACCAUUUGCAGUAUUCUCGAAGCAAUCCAUCAAACUCGGUAUCUCAUUAUGGACGAGUGUUGCCAAGGAGAACCCUCGCAUGGAGUCUCGGAUUCUUGUUGCUAUCGCUGAAAACUGGGAGAACACGGUGCGUAAGCGUAGGGGCAUCUUCAGUCCUGCGUUGAAGCAUGCCGACCCGUUCUACGGAAAGCAAGAAUUUGCUGCCACGGAUAAAGAGUCGCUUUCGAAACGUCAGCAGCAUGUCUAUAAUCUCAUUGCUCCCCACUUCCGCCUGUUGCAAUUUCUGUCCAGCCACUUCAAUGCAUCACGGUUGAGCAAGGCGGAUGUCGAACGCGUCUAUGUUCGGCUUAUGCAUAUCACACUGGAUGCAAUGAGUAUGGGUUGCGAGCAGCCUCUUGCUCGCGAAUCUUACUUCCAUAUCAUCUUGCUCGGAUUGCGCAUCGCACACCAUUGUACCACAAUUUCGUCCAAGACUAGAUGGCGAUUGACGGAUCGAGUAUUGACUGCUGCUUUGGCGUGGUUUGCCAAGGCUCCCCAGUGGUCUUUUGGAGGCAACAGACUACAAAUCAAAGCUGAAACACAUGUCUUGGCUGAUGUACAGGCGCAAAUUGAUACCAUUGGGAAGGUUACCACCGCUGUUGACAUUGGUGCGAAGCUGAAGGCGAAGCAAGAUUUGCUGUCCCUACUUGUCUCCAACGAGUUGUCCCGUCUUACGGUGUGGCUUUUCCCUCUUGACGGCAAGAAGAAUCAUCUGAUCUCUGGCCGACAAGGCAACACACUCCCUGAUGCUGCUGUGACUACGCAUCUGAAGACGGCGUGGGCCGAGCAUCCUGGAAUUGCGGUGCAUCUUGUCAAACGCUUCCAGUCCCAGCGUCUUAGUAACGAAGUCAGAUGGCAGGUUCUCAAUUUCCCACAAAAGGCCUUGGAUGAGCCGGAUGCGCUGGAGAUACUGUUAGGUAACUCCCUACCUAAUGAUGUCUCCUUCCAGCUCAAGUAUAUGCUCUACUGGGCCCCUGUCAACCCUAUCACAGCUGUCACAUACUUCAUGCCAGCAUAUGGCAACCAUCCCUUCAUCAUCCAGUAUGCAAUGAGGGCUCUGGAGAGCCACUCAGUAGAUGUCAUGUUCUUCUACGUCUAUCAAAUCGUACAGACCCUUAGAUACGAUGUACUGGGCUACGUUGAGCGGUACAUUAUCGAGACAGCCAAGUUCUCACAGCUGUUUGCUCAUCAAAUCAUCUGGAACAUGAAGGCGAACGCGUACAAGGAUGAAGCUGCCGAGAUUCCGGAUCCUGUGAAGCCCACGCUGGACAAGGUAAUGGCCAGUCUGGAGUCGAGUUUCUCACCAGAAGACCACGCCUUUUACGAGCGCGAGUUCGCAUUCUUUAACGAGGUUACCGGCAUUUCGGGUACUUUACGCUCGGUUUUGCAUGAGCCUAAAGAGGUCAAGAAGCAGAAGAUUGAAGAGGAGCUGCGCAAGAUCAAGGUAGAGGUUGGCGUCUACCUUCCUUCUAAUCCUGAUGGUCAGGUUAUUGGCAUUGACCGCAAGUCUGGAAAACCACUGCAGAGCCACGCCAAGACACCGUUUAUGGCUACCUUCCGCAUUAGAAAGACCAAGCCCGAAGACCAAGGUUUGGAAGAGACUGAAGUUGAUGACCGAGACGUGGCCCCAAAGAAGGAUAACAGCUACGAGACAUGGCUUUCUGCCAUUUUCAAAGUCGGAGAUGACUGUCGCCAGGACGUGCUUGCUCUACAGAUGAUUGCGGCUUUCCGGGGUAUCUUCAACACGGUUGGUCUUGACGUUUGGGUGUUCCCCUACCGUGUGACGGCAACCGCGCCCGGCUGCGGUGUCAUCGACGUGUUGCCCAACUCCAUUUCGCGUGACAUGCUGGGUCGCGAGGCCGUCAAUCGUCUUGAUGACUAUUUUGUCUCACGGUACGGCAACGAAGACUCCAUCCGAUACCAGGAAGCGCGCUCCAACUUUGUCAAGUCCAUGGCUGCAUACUCCGUCAUCAGCUUCCUGCUGCAGUUCAAGGAUCGACACAAUGGAAACAUCAUGAUUGACGACGCAGGCCACAUUAUCCACAUUGAUUUUGGCUUCUGCUUCGACAUUGCACCCGGUGGCAUCAAAUUCGAGCGCGCGCCGUUCAAGCUCACGGCUGAAAUGAUUGCCGUCAUGUCUGGAAAAAAUGCGGCGAAUCCAUACACCUCGCAAGCAUACCGCUGGUUUGAAGAGCUCACGGUCAAGGCAUUCUUGGCCAGCAGACAGCAUUGCGACCAUCUCUGCCACGUGGUUCAGGUCAUGCUGGAUAGUGGAUUGCCGUGCUUCAAGCCAGAAUCUAUGCGCAACUUUAGGGAUCGCUUUGUGCUGGACAAGAGCGAACGCGAGGCAGCCGAGUAUAUGCGAGGAUUGAUUGAGAAGAGUAGAUCAAGUUACUCGACAGGAACAUACGAUCGGUUCCAGCUUAUCACGAAUGGCAUUCCUUAUUAG